UCUGCCGGCCGAAAGGAGCCUCCUCCUCCUCCUCCUCCUCCGUCUUCUCCUGCAGUCGCAGCCGUCCCGGAUGGCGGCUGGGGCUGGAUGGUCGUGCUGGGGGGCUUCGUGCAGUCGGCCCUGGUCUUCGGGGUGAUCCGCUCCUUCGGCGUCUUCUUCGUGGAGUUUGUGGCCCAUUUCGGAGAAUCGGCCGGUUCCGUCUCCUGGGUGGUGUCGCUGGGCAUCGCCGUCCUCCAGUUUGCAAGUCCUCUGGGGAGCACCCUCAGCGCCCACUACGGGGCGCGCCCGGUUGUGAUGGCCGGUGGUUUUCUGUCCAGCGUGGGGCUGUUCCUGGCGUCCUUCUCCACCAGCCUGGUCCACCUUCACCUCACUGUCGGUCUUCUCACAGGUCUAGGUUGGGCUCUGGUCUUCACACCUUCGGUGGCCGCCGUGUCCCACUACUUCGAGAAACGACGGACCCUGGCCAUGGGUCUGGCCGUCUCGGGGGCCGGCGUCUCCUCGCUGGCCUUCUGCCCGUUCUUCCAGUACCUGGUGGACUUGUACGGAUGGCGGGGAGCUCUCCAGAUCGUGGCAGCGAUGUCUCUGAACCUGGUGGCAUCCGGCGCGGUGUUGCGCCCGUUGGCGGUAGAGGACGCUCAACCCAACGGCGAAAAGGACAGGGACGUCCAUCAGGAGCCGAGGACCCUUGCCUCCUCCUUCUCCCUGGAGCUGCUCCACCACGGACCCUUCCUGCGUUACGUCUUGGUUUUCGUCCUGGUGGACAUGGGGUACUUCGUGCCCUACGCGCACCUGGUAGCUUACGCGAGGGACGUGGGCUGUGGAGAGUAUGAUGCCGCUUCCAUCAUGUCGGUCGCCGCCGUGGCAGACAUGGUGGGUCGCGUCUUCGCCGGGUGGUUGGCGGAUGCCCGGGUCUUCUCGCGUUCGGUCCACGACCUGACUCUCUGGAUGGCCUUGACGGGCAUCUGCCUGGCCCUGGUGCCCCUCGGACACAGCUUGGAGACCCUGAUGCCCCUCGGCCUCUGCUACGGUUUUUUCGCCGGUGCUUUGGUCCCGCUGCAGUUCACUAGCCUGGUGGAGAUCGUGGGUGCCCGCUACGUGAUGGCGGGCAUCGGGUACAUGCAUAUGCUGGAGAGCACGGGGGCCCUGGUGGGCACCCCUAUUUCAGGCUGGCUGAGGGACAUCACGGGGAACUUCACCGCGUCCUUCAUCUGCGCCGGAGUUGUCCUCUUGGCUGCCAGCCUACUUCUUCUCACCUUGCCCGACUACUUCUCCUGUUCAAGGGCACCCAAAGCCCAUCUGCCUGGCCCGGCCAAGCCCCAUGGUCCAAAGAGCCUGGAAUCCAGAGGGGUACCCCAACGAAGCAGGGAGCUUUACCGGAUAGAAACUGGCUAGUUCACCCCGACGAUCAAAUAGAAGUGAAGCCUUCUCCGCAAAUCUUCGUACGUCCUGCAGGUCAGGAGAAGAAGCACUGAUGAUGUUACCUCAAUGGGUUAUGAAAUGUCCACAAGGAAACCACCAAGCUCAGAGAGCUCCAGGGACUGCACAGUUCUUUUUCUUCUCCUCCUCCUCCUCCUCCUCC